UACCUACGGUUCAGUCUCUAACGAACUCUCACCCGUCUCUGUAACCUGUUUCCAAUGGCGGCUUUAACCCGCCUUGCAAAGCCCUCGUUUGCACCACACUCCCCUAUCUCCUACCUGAGCCGGUGCUUGUAUUCCGGCCUAGGAUCCGAGCCCAGUUCUCACGCCGCGGCGUCUUACAGCCCGCACUUGGGGCCCAAGCCCAGUCUCUCGGUUAAGGAUCCGAAGGACCGGAACGUACAGUGGGUCUUCUUGGGCUCGCCGGGAGUCGGAAAAGGCACGUACGCCAGUCGUUUAUCUAAUCUCCUCGGCGUGCCUCACAUAGCCACCGGAGAUCUCGUCCGCGAAGAACUCGCUGCCUCUGGUCCUCUCUCUCAACAGUUAUCGGAGAUUGUGAACCAGGGGAAGCUGGUUUCCGAUGAGAUUAUAAUAAACUUGUUGUCCAAGAGAUUGGAGGCUGGAGAAGCUAAAGGCGAGUUAGGUUUUAUUCUUGAUGGUUUUCCACGAACCAUUAGACAAGCGGAAAUAUUGGAAGGGGUGACGGAUAUUGACUUGGUGCUAAAUCUGAAGCUCCGGGAAGAUGUGUUGCUUGAGAAAUGCCUAGGUAGACGAACAUGUAGUCAGUGUGGGGGAAAUUUUAAUGUGGCCUCGAUUAAUGUCAAGGGCUCGAAUGGGAGUCCUGCAAUUAGCAUGGCUCCGCUUCUUCCACCUCAACAUUGUAUGUCAAAGCUUGUUACUCGGGCGGAUGAUACUGAGGAAGUGAUUAAACAUCGGAUUGAUAUAUACAAUGAGAAGAGCCGGCCUGUAGAAGAAUUCUACCGUAGUAGGGGGAAAUUGUUGGAGUUUGAUUUGCCUGGAGGGAUUCCAGAGUCUUGGCCAAAGUUGCUUGAAAUUCUUGAUCUUGAUGACUACAAGGAGCAGCAGUCUGCUGCAGCCUGAUAAUUAUCUCGUUUAAAGGUGAUUAUGCCAUUCCCUGGGCGCAUGAAGUGUGUGCUGGGGUUUUGGACUCUCUUGAUUUUUGGGUCAGUUUUCUCAUAGAGAAAAUUUUGUUCUACUGUAUUGGAGAAUUUCCAUGAGUAUUUGUUUGGUUGAGGGACAAUCUAUUUACUAACAAUUUUGUGGCAGCAAUAAGCCUCAGUGAUGGAGGCUGGAUGGUUAUACAGUAUUGUUGUAACUUAUAGACUUAUAGUUGAUCAAUAUAUCAAAUUGCAUCUUGUGGGGAUAAUUACCCCUCGAUGAAACUUGUUCUUCCAGAUUAGCUUUUCAUGUUGAGCUUCCUAUUUAAUCUAUUGUAUGUAAGAUGAAGCAGUCAGCAAAGA